AUGGAAGAAAGCCCAGAGCUCAACGCCUUCAGACGCCAAUGGCGCGAAGAAGUAACACGGCGAAAUCAGACUACAGCCACUCCGAGACAACGACAACCCACCUCGCAGAAUCUAUCAUCGACUGCUAACUCGCAUCUUGAUCAUCUUCCACCUACCAAACACGAGGCUGCAGAUCGGAAAGAUGAAGUCGAAGAGGAGGAUUUUGGCCGAGACUAUGGAGAAUUCGUGCAGCGCACCGAAGCCCUGACUUUACGAUCGGCCGAUGAGGAUUCCUUUCAGCGUGUGCCGCAGAAGGAACCUCGAUCGGCGCUGGAACACUUCGAGAAGGCUGUGGAAAAGGAAGCGGAGGGCAGUUUAGGCGAUAGUCUGGCUCAUUAUCGUAAGGCUUACAGACUGGACGCGGCGAUUGAUCAGAAAUAUCGCAAGAAGCAUUUCUCUGCUAAACCGGCACCCACUCAGUCCACCCCAAUAACCUCAACUUCUGAACCACGGAAAUCGACAAAGGAAAAGUCAGAGGACGUCGAGACGCUACCGACUCCGGAACUGAUCUUGUCCUUCGCGAACUUACCAAUCCCGCCAGCCGAACCGUACAUUGAGGGUGAUCCAGCUCCCCCGUGUCCCAUUGCGAAAAUUCCAAAUGAGAUCCUGAUAGAGGUAUUAGACCAUGUCGCCUUUAUGGAUCCAGCGUCCUGGGGUCGCAUGUCUUUGGUAUGCAAACGCUUCGCAUAUCAUUUCGCGCACGAACAACAGAUAUGGAAGAGACUUUGUCAAGGCCACGAAUUUGGUUUCGGAAGUAUGCAUUAUUCUUUCAACUGUGAUGUACUUGGAGACAUAUACCACUCCUUUUCUCCCGCUUAUACACCAUUCCCACGCGGGACCGCCGUGUCAAUCCCGGAACCUCUAUCUUCUUGGAGUCAAGUAUUCCAGUCAUUCCCCAGAAUCAGAUUUACUGGUAUCUACAUCAGCACCGUCAACUAUACACGACCUGGAGGUGCAUCUUCGUACGCCAAUGCGGCUUGGACUGAUCCCAUUCACAUCGUGACUUACUACCGUUAUCUUCGUUUUUACCCAGACGGGUCGGUUAUUUCUCUUCUUACCACGACUGAGCCCAUUGACGUUGUCCCCCACAUCAGCAAGGAGAAUGUUGCUGCUGCUAGACUUAUCCGCCAUCCUAACAAGAAGAGAGCAGAAGCAGCUUCACACGAAGCGUCUACCAGCGGAGCCCCAGUCCCUACUGUCGCCAUGCAAGCUCUAAAGUAUGCAUUGCGAGGUCGCUGGCACCUCACGCGCCCCACCAACGAAGAACCCCAGAACUCGGAAAUAGGAGAUCGUCUCCACUCGCCGCUCUCUACAGAAAACAACCAAGGCAUAGGAUCUGAUCCGCGAGAUCUUAUAAUCGAAACCGAAGGUGUUGAUCCAAAGUACACCUAUGUUCUUCACUUGGGACUACGAUCCUCCAACCCAGCACGUGCUGUAGGCGCUACCAAGGCCCCGCCAAAUGUUUCGAAGAAUACGAAACUUGUCUGGAAGGGGUUCUGGAGUUACAAUAAGCUCACUGAUGACUGGGGUGAGUUUGGAUUACGGAAUGAUCGCUCGUUUGCGUUUAGGCGUGUUCGAGGUUGGGGAUUUUAGAUUGCACAUAUUUCUGUAUAUACAUAUAUGAUGAUAGACAGUA